AAUGAAUGAAGAGAGAAUGUAAUUUGUUGAGUGGAAGAAUGAAAAAGCUAUGUUAUUACAAAAAAUACAAAUUUAGGAAAUGUAUAUAUAGGAAUCAAAAGAAAGAGAAGAAAACCUUAAAAAAAUGAAUGAAAUCUUUAUUAAUACAUUAAAUUAACCAUAAAAUGAGAAUAUAGUUUAAAAAUUCUAAAAAUCAUUUGAAUAGAAUGAAAUUGAAAAACAAUAAUAAAUAAUAAAUACUUUGUAAAUUGAGAAUAGACUAUUAGAAAAUAAAUUAUAAGAAAAAGAAAUUUAAAUAAAAGCAAUAAUCAAAAAUAAUGAAAAAGAAGUUGAGAAAUUAUAAAAUAAAAUAAUUGAAUUAGAAUAUAUAGUAAAUAACAAGGAAAAUUACAAUUCUCAAAAUGAAUUUUAAUUAAAUUCAUAAUAUGAAGAUGAUAGAAUAUAUAUGAAUCGAAAAAGAAAUUAAAGUCCAUCUCAUCCUACAACAAGAAUAAGAACAACAUAAUAAUUAUAAUAAUUAGCAAAUAAUAAAUUUGAAGAAUCACUUAUAACUAAAGAUUCUACAGAAAUUAGUGGUUUUUUGAAUAGGAUAAAUCCUAAUUUAGAAAAAUAAAUAAAGGAAAUAUAAAAUAAAUUAUAUAAUACAAAAAAAAAAUUAACUACAACUACAGAAUAAGAAAGUUCAUUCAUUCGAUAAUCAAUAUAAAAAAUAAAACAUGUAAUUAUUAUAUAUAAACUAUAUUUUAGAGAUCUCGUAAUCACUCUAUUUCUGUUAAUGAAACUGGAUUUUGUGAUUAAAAAUCAAAUUGGGAUGAUUAAGUUGAAUACAAGACAAAUUAGACAAAUCAAACUAAUCAAUCAUUGAUGUACAAUGGUUUUAGAUUUUCUUGA